AUGGAUUCUGCUGGAAUGGGAGUGAAAAACCAAACCAAAGUACACGCUAACAAUAAAUCGUUGUAUAAGCCUUAUUGGAACAAUGAAUUGCAAGUGAGAUGGAACUCUGUAUGUGAGAAGGAACGUAGAUGGCUUAAAUGUGUUGAUAAUCAGAAAUCACAAAAACGCCAACUUAAACUUGAAUUCUGUAUGGAACGUAAAGGGUUUGAUAAACUUCAUAGACAAAUUAAACGCCAGUUUCAAGCUACACAGGUGAAGGAAUUGCAGAAAAAACUUGAACAGCCAAAUUCUAGGGAUUUCUGGCGAGAUAUUGGAAAAAUUGGAAUUGUAAAUGAACGGAUCGCGCCAAUACCACUAAAAGUCAAGGAUCCCGACGGAAACACCGUAAAUGAUACAAAUGCUGUUCUGGAACGCUGGCGAUUUGAUUACGAAAGCCUUUACGCGACGGACAGCGAGGACAGUACUUCAUAUAAUGAGGAACACUUCCGAACGGUGAAAGAGCGUAUCGCUAAUGAUACUGUUCCGAUAAAGCAUGAUUUUAAUAUAUCUGAGCUUAACGCGCCAAUUCAACGCCAAGAGAUUAUGGACGCUAUAUGUCGUGCUAAGAUCGGUAAAGCUGCGGGAAUCGACAGUAUACCGGCGGAAGCAUUGAAAAAUGAUACGUGUGUUGACAUAAUGUUUUCUCUGAUUAGUCAUUGUUUUACCCACGGAGUUGUGCCGGAUAAAUGGAAACAGGGAAUUAUUAACCCGAUUGUGAAGCCGAACAGUACGGAGCCAGGAAACCCACUUACAUAUCGUGGUAUUACAUUGUUAUCCGUUCCAUGCAAGGUGUAUUGCGACAUCCUCAAUCGUCGUCUUUCCUCUUGGCUAGAGAAACAUAACAUCCUUCAUGACGCGCAGAACGGAUUUCGCAAGGACAGAAGUUGUCAAGAUCAUGUCUACUCGCUUUAUAGUGUUGUAAAGAACCGCAUAAAUGCCAAAAAAUCGACGUACUCGUGUUUCAUAGACCUACGUAAAGCAUUUGACACGGUCGACAGGGAAUGCUUAUGGAAUCGACAUAGACGGCGUUAG